UGGGAUGAAUGCACAAUUUUUUACAUUGUCGAAGAUACCUUGUGUUAUCUAAACUUGCUCGGCGGCAUACGAAGGACCACAAUACAGCCAGGCGUAGUCGCGAACGUUCUUGAUAUUCGCAGGCAUCUACCCCACGUUGAAUGGCGAGACCCCCGAGAACUCCGCAACUAGACACUUUUUCCACCGACACAACAUGGACAUCAAGAACCCACGGCGUAUUCUUGCCAUCGGCGCGCCCGAGGCAGGUGUACUUCCACUGCUGAAAGAGCUCACCGGUUCCGCCCCCGAACCAACGUCCGAAACCACUGCCGGCCUUACGCACGAAUGGCGUCUAGAAACCAAAUACUACACUGCAACCCUUCCUAUUUGGAUCGAUGAGCUCGCCAACGUCGCGGAAUGGCGCACCGAAUUCACCAAGCCCGAAGCUCGCGAAGUCGUCACCGCGCUCGGUGCAUGGAUAUACUGCUUCAAGAAGCCAGUCGAAACAAAGGAUCUAGAUAUGAUCAAAGAGACCAUGCAGGCCGUAUCCGAUGUCAUCGAGCGUGCAUGUGGCUACGGCGGCGACAUGGUGUGUCUGGCUGUUGCGAUGCCGCAAUCCAUCACGCCCUACCUUGAGAAGAGUCAUGAAGAAUGGGAAGAGCUCGCCAUGGACUAUGGUUUUGAAUACGUCGACUCUGAGAAGAAGGGGAAAAACGAGUUUGGGGAGGCGACAGGGGUACACCGAGUUCGGGAAGCGCUCGAGGCUGGGGAAUGGGAGAGCAUGGCAGAUCUGGACAUGGGCGGCGACGAAGACGGCUUCGAAGGCAGUUUUGCAGCAGAAGAGGCGGAGAUGAACAUGGAGCUGUUUGGCAUGAAAGGUGCGCUGGCUGGGUUUGACGACGAUGAAGGUCAGGAAUCAGGGGACAAAGAGGUUGAAGAGCUGGAGGUGAUGAUGCAGAAAAUGGUUGCUAUCAAGGAGAUGGGCGAGGGCAUGGAAGAGGCCGAGCGAAAACGUUUCGCUGCGAAAGCAGUGAACGAUCUGCUAAAAGAUUAUUGAUUGCCGCUACUCCGAAUCAUUCGCAGACGCCACAGA